AUGUUAUUUUACAGAGCAGUUUCGAAUCCUCAGCUGUUGAACAAUCAUUAUGCACCUUUUAGCAGUGGGGUUUAUGGAGAAACGUCUUAUGAACAAAUGCAAAUGAUUAUCGACCAAACAAUUUUCCGUGAUUCUGAUGUCUUUCUGGACUUAGGUUGUGGAGUUGGACAGUUAGUGAUGUAUGUUGCUGGAGGGACUAAGGUGAAAAAAUCUGUGGGAAUUGAAAUAAAUGACUUACCAGCGAGAUAUGGAGCAGCGAUGAGUGAAGAUUUCUCCAAGUGGAUGAAAUGGUGGAAGAAGAAGUGCCGCCCGUUCCAAUUGAUACAUGGCGAUAUGCUGGAUGAACAGUUUAGAAAUUUGAUUACUCAGGAGGCAACUAUCAUUUUCAUCAACAAUUAUGCAUUUGAACCAAGUUUGGAUUUACACAUCAAAAACAUGCUGGCAGACUGUCACGUUGGCACUCGGAUCAUCUCCACCAAGGCCUAUGCGACCGGCACCAAGCGAGUCAAUAUGCGUAAUCUUGGAGAUGUUGAAUCCAUAAUGGAAGUCACCCAGCUUAAAACGGUGAAGCAACCAACAUCGUGGACACCGAAUACUGUGCCAUAUUACCUUCACACCGUUACGCACAACAAGGUUUGUCCCUACUCGUUUAUCCAAUUGAGUUUUCCUUCCUGGAGCGAAAGUUUUUGCGAGUGCGAAGCAUAUCAG